AUGCCACCUGGUCGGGGUGGGUGUCCCAUGCCUCCCUCCAGAAGAGAUUAUGAUGAUAUGAGCCCUCGUCGAGGACCUCCUCCACCCCCUCCUGGACGACGUGGCCGGGGCGGUAGUAGAGCUCGGAAUCUUCCUCUUCCAGCACCCCCACCGCCUAGAGGAGGAGAUCUAAUGGCCUACGACAGAAGAGGAAGACCUGGAGACCGUUAUGACGGCAUGGUUGGUUUCAGUGCUGAUGAAACCUGGGACCCUUCAAUAGAUACAUGGAGCCCAUCAGAGUGGCAGAUGGCUUACGAACCACAGGGUGGCUCUGGAUUGGGCUGGAUCGAUUAUUGGCAAAGUGGUCAGCGGAUUAAACAAAUCCGUCAUGAGUCAGGAGCUCCGAUCACAAUUGAUGAGCCUUUAGAAGGAUCCGAAGAUCCGAUUAUUACCAUUACAGGAACACAGGACCAGAUACAGAAUGUACAGUAUUUGCUGCAGAACAGUGUGAAGCAGUAUGCAGGUGUUGAAGGAUUCUAUGCAAGAUAG